AUGCUGACGCCCUUCGUGAAGAUCAGCAAGGUUACAUCGUCCUCGCUUGUAGGAUCUUAUAGGGUGGAACAGAAAGAUGAUAGUGUGACAUUCAAGGCAGGUUGAUUUUACAUUUUGGUGAACUGACAACGACAACAAAUUCGUUGAUGUGACACUUUUUAAGUCAUGCUUAAUCGUUACAUUAUCUAAUCAAAAUCAGUCAGAGCCGUAAAGGGUGGAAAUUCCUUAAACAUGAUUAGGGGAUACUUCUUUUGGUUUGUUUUGCGAGUUACGCAAGAUAAUUUGGUUGGCUUUCCCGGCGUAAGUUUGAAAACCUUCAGCAAAUAAAGCUGACUGUAAAGUAUUGACACCAAGCGCCUGCGCCGAAGGGAGUCUCGCUAUUAGUGCCACCCAAUAAAGCCAUAAUUAACAACUCUUUUGUUAAAAAUUUCAGAUUGACCAUACACCGUUGGAAAGCGAAGCACAUUUAAACUUUAGUGUUAUUUUUGACGGUGAACACUCCUUGAAGACUGGCUUGCAUAAUAUAGUGACCCCGGUACAAUUGUUGUAUUACAAGGAAUACAGGGAAGAUCAUGAUGGACACGUUAUAUCAAAAGGAGUUGCUUUCUCCAGUCCUUUGCAGACAGUCGCUAUUAAAGUCGAAAUCCCAGGUAAAAUUCUGAUUGCGGUAAGCCCAAAAUGUUAAGCGAAGGUAAGCUCUUUGGAAUUUAAUGAUUGGUUGGAAUUCAUGAAGUCGAAGGCUGCUAGGGCUUUUCCACUGGAAAUUGAAAGGGUUCCUGAGAACAACUCGUUACCCAGACCGGUUUUUCUGACACAAAAGCACCUAUUGGUCACUGUUUUUCCAGUUUCGUGCUAUGCAUAAAUUCAUGUUUUGCGCAAAAAACUCCAUUUAAUUAUACAGAGAAGUACUGCCAGCAAUGACAGAUGGAAGCAGCAAAGAGUCCAGCGGCAUAAGUAGAAGAUUAAACUUGUUUAAGAACCAAGGAAUCUCUUAGUGCCGACGUUUGGAAAAAAACGACUGUCGCGGAAGAACGAAAAGUAAAUAUCCCGGGGGGGAGGGUACUCCUGGGAAUUUUUGGUGGGGGCGUGCUGCCCGGUUCUCCAAAUCCUGACCCGGUUUCAGACCAAAAAAGUAAUUUUCCACACCUGUUUUCAAACCAGAACUCUAAAAUCCAUACCCGUUUUCAGACCUGGCCUUUAGGCAGAAAUUAUUUUUUUUCUUGUAUUUUAAUGAAUUUUUAUUUUGGUAUGUAUUUUUUUUUUGCACACUGACUUAUGAACACGUAGGAAAAAUUCAAAAAACGGAAAGGAAAACUAAGAAUUUAUACAUCGCAGACUAACACACAAUUACAUACUUACAAAAAAGAAACAAAGCAAAACACAACACGUAGGUAGACAAUACACACAAAACGCACAAAUACUCACAAAGCAAAAAACAACAAAGGAAAAGACAAAACGAAAAAUAAAACAAAGACAAACAAACAAACAAAGAAUACAUUACACAACGAAGUUUUAAGAAAGAGAGAAAGAAGGCGGCGAGGUAAUUAUUACCUAUAAGACGCUGCCACAGAGCUUGGGACAAUAGCUUCAACUACACCCAAUUGUUCUAACCUACACAUGCCACUCCCGUUACAAAAACAGACUAAUGAAAAGCAUAAACAAAGUCAAAUAAGACAAACAAAAAGUUCACGGGAGUGAAACAUCCACGUCUUCACUCACACAUGGUCGCCCCAGUCUCAGAAAUUAUGAUAUCGUUACUUCAAAUCCAUUUCUAAUUCGCAUAUUUUUCUUUCUUUCUUACUCAUUUGGAAUUGAAGCGAUAAAGACGUUCAUACAAUCCAGUAGUUUCCUCAAAAACCAUGCCCGAUUCCAGACCAAAAUGGACAAAGUGUAUACCCGUUUUCAGACCAAAACGGCGCAAAAACCCUACCCGAUGGGGCGGCACAUACCUAUAUAUAGUUUAUAUAAGGGAAUACACCUCCCCAGGGUAAAUAUACACUGAAAGUCAAACUUGUUGUUACACUGUCUUAUAAACAGGAGCCACGCGAGGCUCUGCGAUACACGUCUUUCUAGUAAAAAGUUGAAGGGGAAUCAAAGGUAAAAUACUGUUUGGGCUUGGACCGACUUCACCUAUUAAACGCGUGUAGGUUUAAUUUUAGGAUGUUCAGCUGCUCUUGGAAUGGCGUCUGGUGAAAUAAAAGAUUAUCAAAUUACGGCGUCAUCCAGUUAUUCGGAGACACAGCCAAAUCAAGCCCGACCAAGUAAGAUUGACUCUCUCUCCCUCCUUCUCAGUCCUUUUCAGAAAUGCUCGGCUGGGGUGACCGUAUAUUAGACGGUUUAAAAUAUUAUCAUCUGAAAAAUUAGGAAUGACAUCAGUUGGCGUAUUGGGAGAAGGGGGAACUUGUUUCGAUCCUGUGUCAAUACGAAUUAAUACGAAAAUACUGAGUCCUAACUAUAGCCCCAUUCACACCGAAGCUUAAACAUGUUUAAAAGCUGUUUAGUUGAACACGGUGUGAAUUUUCUUUCCUUUAUAAAAGCUGCUAACUAACUGAAUUGAUUGCAAAUUUAGUACAAAUUACAAAAUAUGUUGAAUUUCAUUUGAAUCCUGUGUGAAAACCUACAUUCCAGUUUUCCAUGUCUGUUCUUCAUUUGUUAAAACCUGGUUUAAUUAAACAUGUUUAGUUGGUGUGGAUGGGGUAUAUGUGUCUUCCUAAGUAGUGUUCACUGCACAGUAAAAGGCAGUUAUCCUUACAUUGAACAAAAUUUAUAAAAUCAACAAUUUCGAAUUUCCCACAAUCAUACACUUGCUUGCCCCCACCUCCCCCCAUCCCUUAAUUUUUUUGCAUAAGCAACGUUUUCAAGUUUAUUUUGGGACCAGGAGAAAAUGGAAAAAUUUCAUGCUUGAGGAAAAGUUUUGGAGGCAAACAAAGUGUAUUAAGGGCCGUUUAAAAAAGAUAUACAUUAAAAUGUAUAAAUGGUAUAGCAUGAAGGCGUGACAGCAAUUCUAUUGGUUACAAUAAACAGAAAUUAAAACUGGAGCAAUUAAUCACGUCUCCAGCAUGGCAUCAAUUUGAUCAUAUUAUGACUGGCGUAAGUAAGGGAUUCUCAUUUUAAUCGGUGGAUUUUCUUACUAUCAAAGGUGAAGAAAAUGAUGCGUGGUGCGCGUUUAUUACCGACACGCAGCAGUACAUUCAGCUGGAUUUCACGAGGAACACACGCGUGACACGCAUCGUUACUUAUAGAAGAAGUCAGAAGUCACAUUGGGUAAAGCGUUACAUAAUGCAAUUCAGUAGUGAUGACGUUGUAUGGCAUAAUUAUACAGAGAACGGGUUUGUUAAGGUAAGGAAAAGUCAGAGCUUUGUCUUUCGAAGAACGCCCUCCCCCACGAUCCAAAUUUAUUGUUAAACACGGAUGAAAACAAUUUUAAUUUCGCUUGUAGGAAUUUGUUGGAAACUCAGACAGGUCAACCCCAGUCUCCCAUCAGCUUACCAAUGAAAUCGAGGCUUAUAAUCUCCGCGUGAGACCGCUGGACUGGGAGAGAUUGAUUUGCAUGCGCUUUGAGGUGUUUGGAUGCUUAGCUGAAGGCCCUGGUAUGUUUACGAGUUGAUGAUUGUAUUUAAACACACUUAAUUGGUAUUGAAUAAAACGCGUUGCAAUGCUGAGGUACAAGCUUAAAAUAAAACAAUGGCAACUUCGGAGUAUUUCUGAAAAUGCCGCAGCCGAAGUCCAUUAAUUUACUGGUUCUAUGUCAGCCUUCGACGAUUUCUGUAAAACAUCCUGCACAGAAUUUCCUUUCUAUCGCGAGAAAACUGGACCAAAGAACGCAGGUACCAAAGCAGCUGGGACGGGGUGGGUAGGAGGAAGAGUUCGCCCGCUCUCUUCCUUACACCCUCGCGCUGCACAUGCGUGUUUGCCUGGAAAAAAGGAAAGCCCGUGAAACUGAUACUACACCAUGUUCUUGCUUGCUUUCUCCAUUCAAGUCAUACAUAACCAACUUUUUCAAUACAGAAAACUGCAUUUACCCUCUCGGUCUGGAAUCUGGAGAAAUAACGGAUGAAGCUCUCACACAUAGCGUAGACACAACUCUGACUGUUUCAGAUCCCUCCGGUAUCCGCCUUAACAAGAAUCCCGGGGGAUUUCCUAAUGGAUGGCAAGCAGCAAUGGGGACACUAGAUUAUAUUCAGGUAGAAAAAUCGUAGGUAAACUUAGCAACCUUGUUUUGCUUAUGAUUAUUCCAACUCGCUUACUUUAUCAAAUAUAGGCCAACUCUUCAAGGGCUGAGUUCCUUGGAACGACAUCCAAGUUCAGAAAAAGAAAGAAAAUUUCGUCGGGCUUUUUAACGUUCUCCAUAUAACGUGAAAUUAGGCAUGUUUACGUCGCGUAGUCCUGCAGCGACGGCAAAGAAAUGUACAAAAAAGGUGUGCUGCACGUGCAAAUUUGUUGUUUUGUUUAUUUAAUCUAUUGCUUUUCUGACGUUAUUGUUGUCGUCGCCAUCGUAGCCAUUUUAAGGUCCCUAGUACUGCAUAGGAGCAAAGAAUGGUUUAAGAAAAACUUUGUUUUCUCAUUUUAGAUUGAUUUUGGCUCUUUGAGAAAGGUGACAAGAAUAGCUACACAGGGAUCUGCUGGAUCGGAUUUUCCAUUUUACGUGGAGAGUUUUCAAUUAAAGUACAGCAACACAAGCAUUGAUUGGCUUGACUACAGUGAAAAUGGACAGCCCAAGGUGACAAUAAACCUUUUAAGAGUUUAAAGCACUUCAAAAGUCAGUCAUGGAAAUUUGAAAUGAGCUUCCUGCCUGUAGCUCCUUAGAUCAAAUCAUUAGACAGUGUUACCAUUCAAAUGACCAAUCCUAUCCCACGAGCAAGAGAUUUUUCCCUAGACGAUUUCACCUUACACGAAAAAUGUUGCUUCCCCUUUGAGUAAAAUGAGUAAAAUGGCUAUUUUAACCUCACCUUUUGUUAUAACAAAAAAGAGUUUAAUUUUAAAAAUAACAUAGCCCACCAGAAUAGACUAGUCUUCCCUCGUGUCACUUCCAGUAAAGCUGUGUCACUAAAAUAGAUUGUUGCAAACUUAAUAAGUUUCCCGUGAAAAAUAAAACCUUUCCUGCCUGGCUUAAAUGUAUUUCGUUUAUUGCAAAACUACAAACUAUAGUAUUGUUGUUGCAGGAACUGAGAGGUCCAAAGGAUACACACGAAGCAAAAUAUUCUGUUGUGGUAAAACUGCUUGAGCCAAUCAUCACCCGCUUCGUGCGCAUCAUCCCAACUUCUGCGCCGCUUCUCAAAAUAAUGCGGGCUGAGCUUUACGGCUGCAUAGCAGAGCCCAUGCCCCCUUAUAACGGUAAUUAUUAUAUGACUAAGUCAAUUCUUGUUUUGUGAUCGGUCAAUUUUUAAUAUCCUUGACAUUUUUAACAUUAAUGCAUUCUUUGUUGCGUGGUUUAUGUACUCAUAUCAUAAUAACCUCCUUCCUCAUAAGUUUAACACCACCUUUGUUACUAAUCGCCAAGUACACACAUAUAAUACUUGAGAUGCCAAUAACUACCGACCAUAUUUCUGUAGAAGAAACAUUAAACAGUUCACAAUCCUCCAUCUAGGACCUAAACUUUGAAACUCCCUUCCCCAUAAUUUUAUGGAACUAAUCUAGUGACAAGUUACUCUAGUUUCAAGACUUCAUUAAAAAAAUACUUUAUCGAGGGCUAUAAAUUCAAAUCGCUUGACCAUGAUAUGGCAGCUUACAUUAAAUCAUAAAAGUUAAGUAACUUAAUACUACAUUUAGUUUUGAACUUUUUUUGUAGCUUUUCCUGCCAUGUAAAUUUACAGUCUUAGUUUUAAAAUAUAUAUAUUUUUCCUUUUCUUUCUGUAAUAUUUAUUCUAUGUGGCAAAUGUAAAAUAAAUAAAGUAAAUCUGAAAUAACUUUAUUAUUGACUGCCUUGUCGAACGGGUAAAAUUAAGCGAAGCACGUGUAACACUGUUUGGCUAACCGAGUGGGAAGUAUAACCCUAUCUUGGUUGCCCAGGACUUUACCAAUAGCUAUUGUAGCUAUUUCCUGUUUCAUAGAAAGAAAGCCAUACAAUAAAAGCUUCUAAGCCUCUAUUUCUAGGAUUUUCGUAGAAUUAUGGAUCGUCGUUUUUCACACGAUAUUUUCGUCGAGUUCCAAACUGUUUGCAGCAGUAACCGUAAAACGAAUGCAAUAAAACAAGCAUCUUUGAUAAUUCUCUAGCAAGAAGUCUCCACAAUAAGUCGAGUGGAAAUUCAAGUUAAAAGAAACAGCGACUUCUCUGCGGCCAAUCACAACAAACUGUCACUAGUUUACAUGCACAAAUUAGGUUCGAGCCUUAAAUUGGAUCUUGGCUGGUUUUUACACGCCUGUUGGUGGGUCAUGUAAAUAAACAAAAAUGUCAGGUUUUUGUAUAUCUGUUUACUUGCAAACUUCUGUAGAUUUACCAAGUUAACGAAAUUAAAACAACGAAGUGGGGAAUGGUGUGGGUCUCACAGAGCGGGCGCCUAUAGCAAAAUACUACAAGCUGACAUACACCAAUUGUGACUGAUCAUUAACCACCAAAUGAAUGUUUGUCUGUAUCUUCAGGUGUUCCAGAGUACCACAGAAGAACUGUCUUGUUGGAUCAAGAGUUCGGCUGGUUGUAUGUCUGCAUGUACACUAGAGACAGGUACACGACAUACUAAAGUCAUGAAAAUCACUAUAACCUUAAACACCUAACCGGCAAAGAUUGGUUAACUUUAAUUAAAAUCAAAGAUAGAAACUUCGUCAAUUGUUGGCGCUAUGAGAGGUGGUUUACUUGUCUAGGAUUUAGAAGUAGAAACGAUGUAAACAUUUUACAAUAUGUUUCACUUGAAGUAUAUAUAUGAUGAACGACUAAAGAAAGAUGAAAGAAAAUGUCUUAUGCUAACAGAAAUGAACCCUGAUGUGUAAGAUAUAACAACGUAAAAAAAGCGUCAUUUAAUUGUCAAAAAUGCCAUUUCAGGUCUAAAGGUGUUCGAGACUAGUUUUUGGGACUUACAAUUAAUUGGCGCCAAAGAAUAUUGCUCUAAAUUUAAACUGCAUGGUCUACUCCAUCCAAUUUUGGUAGGAAAUCAUUCAUCAAAGACCUUUCAACAGGGCCGGCUUUAGUGAGCUUCACUCCCAACGUCGUUUUUUUGCCUUCUUCCCCAGCCAACGAGCUGCAAUUUUCGCUCACUCCCUGUGGGGUAGAGAGGGGAGGCCGUUAACUGUCUGAAAGAAUUAGAAUUAAAAUACUUUUCGAAAAAGUAGAAUUAAAACACUCAAGGAGACAAUCUGUGCGUGGCUUAAGCCAUUCUGAAAAAGAUAGCCAAAUAAGAAUUGUAUUGAAUAAUCAAAGUUUUGAAACAAAAAAAUAUUUUUGGACGUACCCUUCUUUUCAUUUCUAGGUUACCCUGAAGUCUUAAGUGUCUCUGUGUGAAUCAAAAUAUUGGCGUUAUGCACUGUACCCUAAGUGAGACUAAAAUCUGUAAUUCAACCCAAAAAUGACGUCACGCUUCCCAUCCCUUUCAUAUGCCAGUCCAACCCCACAGGUCCAAUUUCACUUUAGUCUUGCACUUCAGUAAUAGUUACGAUUGACUCUUGUGUGGUUAGAUCAGUAAGCAGCUGUUUCUCAACAAGUGAUGGAAAGGAUUGGAGAGGUGAGUUUUCCACGUCAAGUACGGGGGUUGGGGGUGAGGGGGGAGGGGGGGUCUAUUUCGGACCAAACAAUAUGAUUUUCCCUGCCCUAUUUCAGACCUGAAAAGCUUUUCUCAAAAGGUUAAAAAAUAAUGAUCAGAUAAGAUCCUGGAUCAAAAAGAGCACAAAAUCUUCCCCUGAUUCAUACCCAAUCCGAUUAAACUCUACACCCAAUUUCAGACCAUAAGGGGUAUACGGUAAAAUUUUGUACCCUUUUGCUCCGCGCAAAAAGUCAGUACCUAUAUAGCUUAUAUAAGGAAGCAUCCCCUGAAAUUUAACCUUUUUCUUGUGAAUGCGUGAGAAACGCUGGGAGAUGUCAGAUUUUUUAAAAUCAAAAUUAGGAACUUCUUAGAUGGAAUCUGAAAACAAUGCUCCAGUAACUAAACUGUAUAUAGUCAUGGAAACGCAUGCGCAUAGCCAUAUCAACCAUGCUGUUGAGGGCAGUGGCGGCAAUGGACUGUUGUUUUGCCCUUAUUUGGUACAAACGUGGAAAGGAAAGACCCCAAAUUUCCCUUUACCAAAUAAGCUAGUGCAAAAGGGCUUUUCUGAAGUACCAGCUCCACAUUAGCUUUGUCGAAGUUGUUAUUAGAAUUUUUAAAUGCUAUUAAAAUUAUCAGCAUGACGUAUCCUCCGAAUACGUACCUAUUUUUUUCAGAUAUUUCAGAGCACAUUAUCAGUGUCAUAGCUUUGGACCAAAGAGGCGGCUGGCUCUUUGGAGUGGACCGUGCAAUGAACUUCCUUCGCAGUACCGAUAAUGGAGUUUCCUGGAAGAAAAUCUCCUCCAAGCACUUCUAUGACAUAAAAAACGAAACGUUCCUCAAACUGAGCACUGGGAUCCCUGAAAAUAUGGUGUCUGUCAGUCCAGAGACGUUUUGGUCAGCAACUACUUUCAGCGGAAGAAAGUGGGGAGGUUAGAACAUUUUCAUAGGUUUACGUAAUUUUGAGGCAUGCACUGCUAGAGCACCGAAUAGAUGAAACAUAGCAUAAGAUCCUUUUUAACUGAGCUCUUGCUUUAACCGUGGCAUCGUUGGCUAAGUACCUAAAGUGUUGGACGGGAGAGCGGUAGAUCGAGGGUUCGAUCCCCUGUGCUGGAUCAAUACUCAGGAUCUUACUGAAAAAUGAAGAUACUGCUUGUGCCCCGGCUAGACCUUCGCAUGCCUCAGAUGACCUAGUAAAAAUGGCGACACCCUCUCCAACAACACAUGUAAAAAACGUGUGGCAGUACUUUCGUGUUUAUUACAAAGAGAGAAUUUACUGUCUUAUUUUCUAGCCCGGUUAGCAUGGGGUUUAACACCCAAGAUUAUGAUUUUAAUAAAUUAGGAUCAUCCUUUGACGAUUAAGAAAAUAGCAAUACGAAGACUCACUGUUUACAAACAUCGUUUUUGUUAUUCAAAUGUGUAACGGGUGAAACAAAUUUUGUUUCACGAACCAGUUCGCUUCUGGUUGGCACAUUAAAAAUCAGUUAGUGACGUCAGCGUGAGUACCGCUACAGUCAAUAGCCCACGUUCGACAUACUUUGUUAAAAUGCUAACAUGACUCCGAGGCUUUCUGAUCAUUUUUUCUAUAUUUGGUUUUAUUUUCUUUUAGUACAAAUAAAGGGGUUUCCUACGUAGCGUUUGUGUGUGCUAAAAGUGGGAAGGUGGUAAGUUAAACGCUGAUAUUUGCAAAUAAAACUCCAACGUUUCGGCAAUGCUGCCUUCAUCAGGGAAAAUAUGUGAGUUCGUUAUAGCGGAAAAAUGAAAAUUUGAAAAUGCGCGCGUGAAAACAAUCGAAUGUGCGUGCACUCAAGUCAUGUGAAAGAAAAAUCUUGAUUGAAUUCACUCAGCUCGUCUCUUCUGGGAAUUGCGAGACAAUGGAGUCGUGAAAAAUAUGCAAUUUUGACCCUAAAACCUCGGAGUCAUGUUAGAAUUUUGAUAUAUCGAACGUGGGCCAUUGUCUAUGUGUUGUUCAGUAUGUUAUUUUUUAGUUUCAGCCUAUGGUAUCCACAUGGUGACCGCAGGCCAAAGCGAAUGGAGCAUGGUUGCCUCAUGGAAGUGUUGUGGAAGCUAA